AUGCGGAGGCGCAGCUGGCGCUGGCAGUCGCAGCUGGCGCUGUCGUCGCUCUGCGGACUGCGGGAGGCCAAGCUGGAUUUAGGCGCCAUCGGCCACAACGCUGGCAUCAGCGCGCGCGCGCAGGGCACGCAGUGGACCGAGCGAGAGACGGGAGCCGACUGUGGAGGCCGACGCUGCGGUCAAGAGGGGGGUGCGCAGGUCAUGGCCCGCGGCAGGCGCGCGGACCAGGGGAGGGGACCAGGGGACGCAUGGAAAGGAGAAGAGGGCACUAACAUCAAAGCGUGCAAGAAGGAAGCGCACUGGCAGCGGGCUCUGGCGCGGCGGAGCGAGGAGUGGGAGGCGAAGCUGGAGCCCAACAUCAUCAACCACAGCGACGGCAUCAGCGUGUGGGAAAUGUAA